GGGGGUGGCUCCGCUGGAGCGCACAGCCAUCAAGGUGUUCAAGAUGGCGGCGGAUAUGAGACUGGGGGACCUCCCUCCCCCUUGGAGAUACGCCGUGACGAGGGACUCGAGGAUUUACUUUAUCAAUGACGAGAACAUGAGCACGUCGUGGCUACAUCCUCUCACCGGCCAACCUGUACAGACUGGAUACAGGGACAGGAAUGACUUGCCAUCUGGCUGGGAGGAAGCAGUGACUCCAGAGGGAGCGCCAUAUUUUGUGGACCACAGAGGGAAGAAGACAACGUUUAAACAUCCUGUGACAGGACAGACGCCGGCGGGGCCCAGAGACUACAUACUUAUGGAUCGGUCCACCAUCACAGACAGCCGGAGCACCAGUACCGUGUCCUUCCAGGAUGAAAAACCAAAGCCGAAUUCUCCCAGCAACAAGAGUCCAAUGAACGUCGGUAUUCUUGGGGGUACUUUAAAAGAGCCUAGGAAGGACCCCCCCUCCCCCAGUGGUUACCUGAUGAGGGGCUGGCUGAACAAACAGGACCACGGAGGCCUCAAGUCCUGGAGGAAGCGCUGGUUUGUGCUCACCAACAGGGGACUGCUGUACUACAAAAAUGAGGGAGAAAGUAACCUACUCGGGAGCAUCGUCCUGAUUGGUUACAAAGUAGAGGCCAUCUCACCCUCUGCAGACAAGAGUAAAAGCAGCCAAAAACAUGCCUUUAAGCUGUCGCACCCUUCACAACGAUUAUACAUCUUCAGUGCGGAGACCAGAGAAGACAUGGUCAAGUGGCUGAAAGCCCUUAAUGCUGUCACCACAACUGAUACACAAACAAACAGCACCCCCAACAACGUGCCUUCACCCAUUGGCAAGCAAAACAGCCCGCGCGGAAAAGCAGAGGAUACAGACGAUGCAGGGUUCAACCAGAGGGACCGCGCACUUCGACCUCGGGUCGUGUCAUCUUCCAGUCAGGAGGGAAACAUGCCGACGUCAUCCCAACUGUCCGCCCCGAAUGGCUACCAGCCCAACAGAUCUCCCCAGUACCAAAACAACAGACAAAACAGUCCCAACUACGUUCAGUACAGGCCGAAAGGCGAUCGUAACGGACACGCAGCGCCGCGUCCCGUGACAUACCAUGCUGGCAUGGCAAUGACAAACAAUGUGCCUGGAAGUAAACCAAGUUCCGUGGACACGGACUCCGGAUACCACGGCUCGGAGCGACGGCCCGUGCAUAAUUCGCGAUCCGACUCUCGGCUCCUUCCCUAUGCAAAUGAUCCGCGUGGCCCGUAUCGAACAGACAGAGCUCGACAACCUCCCGACCCGCGCACCGUGCAGCGAUCGGAAUCCCUGCAACGGCUGCAGCAAUGGAAAAGUCAGACUCUCGAACGCCAGGGGAGAUCACGAUCAGACUUGUCAACUGUCGAAGAAGUUCCCCGUGCUAACUAUCGCAACUACCAGCAGGACAAUGGCUCUAGUUCCAAUUACUCGGCCGAACACCGGAAGGGAGUGUACCCAGAUUCGUACAAGACUUUACCCAGACACAUGCAAACGGGACAGCUAAGUCCUAAAUACAACGCCAGCCCUCCGAGCGAAGACUCGUGGCACAUCUCCACCCUUCCUCGUAACAACAGCACUGGUUACAAGUCGGCGCAGGACCAGUACUAUCAGAACUAUGCACGGCAGCAGGCCUGGCAGCACAACACACCUGCAGACCCAAAAGAGUUGAAGAGAGAGGAGUCCAUGCGUCAGCUGUCAGACUGGAGACAACGCACUUUGUCGAGUACAACGUCACAGGGCUCAGGGCCUAGCUCAGGGCCAGACCAGAGCAGAAAUUAUCCGGAGGUGAGAAGAAGGGAGCCCACAGAUGCGAUGCGAAACUCCCGUCCCGUGUCGGAACACUUCAGGUUCCCGGCGGAGACAAGAUCAGUGGACGCGGUCAUGAGGACAGCAAGGCCGGUGUCGUCGUUCUACCCCACGACAGGGGUGGAGUCCCCACCCCCCACCAGACCUCCCCUCCCCGCAGCAUACAGACACCAAGAGUAUGGGACAGACCUCCCUGAUGCCGCUCCCAGCAGAAACUAUCACACAGCGAUACAAGAAGCACCCAAGGUGUCUCAUGUAGCAUACAACCAUGUGCCGGAGACCAAGAAGGAGAAAGAUGAUGAUUCUUACAGUUUGGGGGACAUCGAUGACGUGUUUGCCAACGAGGUCCCCCCCAGCUCACGGCCCAACUACAAACUCACCUCAUCUGACCUCAUGGGCAAAUCGCAUGAGGAGCUGACCCUGCUGCUGAUCCAGCUGAAGAGAGACCAGGACCAGCUGGUGGAGGAACACAAUGAUGCGCUCUCCAAAAUGAUGGCCUACACCAGGGCCGGCGCUAGCGGGCUCCACUCCCCACACGAUGAGGAGGAGAGAUGGAAACAGUAUGAGGAGCUGAGGAGGAAGUGUGAGGAGUCCGAGAGAAAGCUGAAUGCCAGUAAGCCCAUGCUGAGCCUGGUUUCCAACAUGGUGAAGUUAGGAGAUCUGUACAACACACCUGACAACAGGCAUAACAAACAGUACGAUCAGUUUGGAAGGCGGACGAACCCUGAGCUGUCCAACAGGGAGCAGUUUGAGUUCAGCAGACAGUUGGAGGAACAGCAGGUGGGAACAGCAAACUCUGGUCUGCAGCACAGCCCCAGCGACGACAAACUGGUCAAUAUAAAGUCCAUGAGAAUCCGAGAGCUGGAUGGCCACAUGCAGGAGCUGACGGCACGGGUGACAGUUCUGAAGGAAGACAUGGAAAACUUGGAGAGAACGCUACAUUCCACCAGUAAGAAGAUGGCGCAGUACCGAGACCAGCCGCACGAGAAGGACCGCUACGCCAGCCUGCAGGCAGCCAUCCAAUCAGAGAUCAGCAAGAAGCUUGAGGCGUUCUCUGGUGAGCACGGCCAGCUGACUAACGAGCUGAGGGCGGUGCACAGCCGACUGUGGGACGACUCCACCUCAACCACCGCCAGCUCUCCUUCUAAGGCCUCAGAGAAGGCUGCGAUGAAGAACCGACUGCAGCAGGACCUGGCCCAUGUACAAAACAUGAUGUCAGGCCUGGCUCAGCAGAGGGACAGGCUGGAGGGGCACGUCAACUCUAUCAGGCAGCAGUUCUCAGCCGGUGCUGACGGCCCGUUUGUGGAGACUGACCUGGACACGGGGAUCCAGCACGACCUGCGGGCUGCAGAGCAGGCGGAGAGGGAACACCAGAACAGUGCUCAGGCACGUGAGGAGGCACAGCAGCAGAGAUCUGUGCCUACCAUACUGGUUCACAGGCCUGAAAACAACGCAGAGCCAAACCAGAACUCGGGCGCCUUUAAAAGCUCGCUCAGCGUACGCCAGCUGAAGAGGGAGUCUGCAGAGCGACGCUCCCGUGACAGACAGCACGGCCUGGACAGAGAGGUCGUCGGUGGGGAGGCGGACGGAACUGAGAGGUCACGGAGUCCACCGAAGAGGAGCAACACUCUUCCAGGAAGACCAAGAGGUACUUUUCUUAUCAACAAAAAUAGCAAAAGAAAGUUUUUUCUUUUAUGGACUUUAUUUCCAAUGAUACAAUUACUGUUACAGUUACAGUUUGCAAUGUUGAAGAUACAUGAUAGUGAUAAAUUUCUAGUAUUUGCCGUAUCUACAAUAAACCUCUCAGCUCACACUCAUGCUUAAAUAGCAGAGUAAUGUUUCCUUUAUACUUACUGUAUCUAUAUUGAAAAUAAAUUCAAGUUAACAUUUUCAUUAAUGUCAACAAUUUUGGAACCAGUUCUGCACAAGAAAAGUCCAAUUGUUUUUCUAACUGUCUUUGGUAAUGUUUACCUUUUUUUACCGUUGCAAUGGCCGAGUGGGUAGAGUGUUUCCCUUGCAUUCAGUAGGUUGUGAGUUC